AUGUUGUUCUCCAUACUCCUAGCCGUCUUCGUCUCCGGCACGUUCAGCCAGUCGACAUGUCCCAGUGGAUGGACCCUGUUCCAGUCCAACUGCUACCGGCUCUUCGACCAGAAGGUCUACUACUACGACGCCAUGGUUGGGUGCGCCAACUCCGUCACCGCCCAUCCAAACCUCGCCUCCAUCCACUCGGCCGAGGAGAACACCUUCCUCCAGACGUUCGUCAGCGCCUACGACUACGUCUGGAUCGGACUGCACGACAUGACCACCGAGGGCACCUUCCAGUGGACGGACGCCUCGCCGGUGAAUUUCACCAACUGGGCCGGUGGCCAGCCGGACAACCUGAACGACUCCGACUGCGUGUUCAUGCUCCGAGACGGUACGUGGGACGAUGGCGAGUGCGAGCGGAAGUUCGGCCACACCACGCCCGCCAAGGCGUACGUCUGCAAAACUAGAGCCGUGUGA